AUGCAGCCCGCACUGCUCCUCCUCAUCCCGGCUCUCAUCGCCCUACUGCCGCCUGUCCUCCCCUCCGACACCGAGCCUGGUUUGCCUGCCCCAAGCAAUGUCUGCGUUGACUCUUACAAUAUGAAGCACAUUAUGAGGUGGGAUCCGGUGGAAGUGAAAGGUGAUCCACUGCCCGUAAUAUACAGAGUGGGCUUUGAACUUUACAGCGGAUUGCGUGAAUUGUGUGUAAACAUCACCGAGACGGAGUGCGACUUCACAGAAAAAAUCUUUCCCUUCUGGAGGGGAAGACCGAUGGUCCGGGCGGAGUUGGGAUUGAGAAGAUCUGAAUGGGUUGUAUUGCCAAAUUUCCAACCAAGUAUAAACACAACCAUAGGACCCGUGAAGUCACUUGUCCUGCUUUCCAAUUCAGGAAAGUUGAUUGUGGAGUUUUCAUACCCCUUUUCACCAAUUCCUGAUGUAUUGAAGCUGAACUAUAACCUGUCUUACUGGAAGGAAAAUUCAGAGGAGAAGAAGACGGAUAACCUUCAUUCUUCCAUGACCCACGUAUUGGACCAUCUGGAGAGCAAUGCAAAUUACUGUGUUCAGGUGUAUGCUUUUACACAUUUUAUAAAAGGCCUGCUGAGUGACCCCGUGUGUGAAACUACAGCUACAGAUAUCACAUAUAAGAUCGUGCUGGGCUGUAUAUUUGUAUUCGUAUUCAUUAUUGGUUUAAUCAGCUUGUUCAUCAUCCCUGAUAAACCUCUUCACCUGGUUCUGUCUAGAAUCAAGAAUUGGCUGGAUGGCCCUUAUAGGAUCCCCUCCCAUGUACUGGAUUAUUUGGAAGAUCCUCCUCCCUUGGUCCAGACAGAAUGUACUCAGAGCACAUUUGAAGAAGAUCAAUAUGAUCACAUUUCUAUUGUACAAUUGGACCCUUUCCUGGAUGUUAGUAAGGAAACCCGUCCCGAUCACAACCAGUUGGGUUCAGAGAAGACCUGA